AUGAAUAAACGCAGUGUCUACGCAUGGGUCGUAGCGAUUUUGUGCUUCAUAAUACUCAUGGCGGUGACUCCAGCCAUCCCUCAAUCUCAGGAAUACCACGAUUUCGCUGAUCAGCGUGAAUUCUUGGGGAUACCGAAUACACUGAAUGUGGUUUCGAAUUUUCCUUUCCUUGUUAUUGGUCUGAUUGGCCUUAUUCUUUGUCAUUAUCGCAAUUAUUUUCAACUCAGGUUGCAAGGUGAGGUAUGGGGGUGGACAUGUUUUUUCAUAGGUGUGGCUGCUGUUGCUUUUGGCUCUAGCUAUUACCAUCUUAAGCCUGAUGACGAUCGUCUUGUCUGGGAUCGCUUGCCUAUGACUGUUGCUUUCACUUCAAUUGUUGCCAUUUUUAUCAUUGAAAGGAUUGACGAGCGAAAGGGAACUGUUUCCAUUAUCCCUCUGCUUUUGGCAGGUGUUAUUAGCAUUGCUUAUUGGAGAUUUUUUGAUGACCUUCGACCGUAUGCUCUAGUUCAGUUUGUUCCUUGUAUUGCCAUUCCCCUAAUGGCUAUCUUGUUGCCUCCAAUGUACACUCAUUCCAUGUAUUGGCUUUGGGCAGCAGGUUUUUAUCUUUUAGCUAAGGUGGAAGAAGCAGCAGAUAAACCCAUAUACAAAUGGACUCAUCAUAUAGUUAGUGGACAUACUCUGAAGCAUUUAUGUGCUGCGAUGGUUCCUGUGUUUUUGACGCUUAUGCUGGCAAAGAGAAGUAUUGAAACAGAAAGGAUAAGUCUGUUCAAGACCUGGAAGAUUUCCUGGACUAGGAUAAGAGAGAAUGAUUCAAAGGUGGAGAGUUACUCUUGUACAUACACUAGUGUUCCAGUUGAAGAAACAUCUUAA